GGUCCUCUAAACAUGGCUUUGUUUAUCUUCAACCUUCAGAAAACUCCGUGGUUGCUGACUGCAGAGGAAGUAGGCAGACCCAGACUUCCUGUGGAGAGGAAGGUCAGAUUCGGUCUUCAGACAACGGAGAGAAAAUAGCGCUGUUGCGUGGAGGCAGUUUGCAUUCCGUAGAGAGUCGUCCUGCCGUGGGAGGGGGCCGAAGAAAGAUGGAGCCAUGGUGAGAUCAGAACCCUCACAGCGGACGCGGAAUAAAAUACAGCCAAGGAGAAGGCGUGCGUGCGAAUCAAAAUAUACGGGUUAAAUUGCUGCGGGCAGGCACGGAGCAGGGGAUCAAUAAAUAUCGGCCGGCAUUAACAUCAGCUCGGCCGUUGAUGCUUCCCAGCGUCCCUAGCAGCACCUCUCUACCUGGGCUAGCCACGUGUGUUGUUUCUUUAAUCCUUAGGGGCUGGUAGUAAUCCUGCAGUCCCCAAUUUAAAGACCCAGAAAUCCAAAACUCACAAAGUUGUGUUUCUUACCUCAGUAAGUAAAACCUUGGGGUUUAGAACCAAACAGUUUUGGGCUGAAAUGUUAGCCAGUUCAUACAAACAGCGCAUUGUAUAUUGUAGGCUCCCAGUAAAUGGCAUACCCGCACACGUGUACACACACACACACACACACACACACACACGUAUACAUCUAUAUCUGUGCAUGCGCUUUAAAGGACAUGCAGGGGUUUUCGUGUGCGAAGGGCAAUGGGCACCUGUAGGUGAUAAUUGCGGAGACACACAUUUGAGCAUUCAAUACAAACCCUGAGAAAAUACUCUUAGAUGAAAAACAGGAGGAAAGUGACUUUGAAAGGAAGAAAUCUCAUAGGUGAGUAGAGAGAAGGCUGGAAUCCUCGGGCCUGACCAGAAACAAACAAACAAACAAAGAACACCUCCUCCAUCCCUACCCCCCAAAAUGAGUUUUGGACUUCGUGGCUCCUGGCCAGCCACCUGCUCCACAGCCCACUUCCAGCAACCAGGAAGCGGUUCUGUCCUCACCCCCACCAAUCCCAGCCAAGGAGGAAGCUCUCGGGGCGUCCCGUUGCCAGGUAACCAAGCUAGCCCUACCUGGCAGUUAGGCCUCAAGGCUGAGCUCGGAGGUGGGGCUGCCUUGCUCCCUUGGCUCACUGGCGGGGCAGCGAGGGUGGGACUUUUGUCUGUAGAGUUUUAUAUAUUUCAGCUCACGUUUUAUUUUGCUUAUAAAGAAAGUUAUUCACGCCUUAGAAACAGAGGAGACUUACAAAGUGAGUUUGUGCAUAUGAACCGUCCCGGCUUGCCUGGUGGACCUUACCAGACUCCCCCUGCCCGAGACACCGCCGGAUGGUCAGCUUUCUAACUAGUCCCUGGAGAAACCUCCUUACUGUCCCCGGACUUGGACUUGAAGGGCUGGGAGACUCUUCUGAAUAUUUUCACACCAGUGAAUGCUGAAGUCAAAGAUUCUGGAAAGGGCAACCGAACCGUUCUCUUGGAGGCACGGGUUAAGCCCGAAGUAUUUUAAAAAUGACCAAAGUGCCAGCCACCAAAAAGUUACAGAGUGUCCCCAACAAGAAAGCCCUUUGGCCUUCUUAUGCCUCAGAUCAACAGACCCAGGUCGCAGAGAAGACAGUGGUGAAGAACAUCAGGUAUUUAGACAAGGAAAUAGUAAACCUCAAAAAGGAUCUUAUUCGAAGCCGCUUCCUGAUCCAGUGUGUGAAGAUAGGCCGUGGGUAUUUUAGCAUACUGCGAGAGGAAAGCGCCAUGAAAAAGAGGCAACAGCUACUCCAGAAGCUGAAGGAGGAAGAAUUAAAUAAAUUCCAACCAGCCAAGAAGUUCUCAGAUCUCCAGGGCAGGGACACUCUGCUGACGGCAAAUGAGAGUGAGAAGCUGAAGAAGCUGGAGGCCGGCAUCAUUAUCCGCCCGUACACACCCAUCCACAACUGCAUCAUCGCUCCCUCCUUGCCUGAGUCACACGUGGAUUCCCUCUACCGCCAGCUGUGUGCACUCCACUGGCUCCUCGAGGCCCUGACUAUCGACCACACCCACCACACCAUGAGGCCCUUGAUUUCCUGUUGGAACCCCAAGGACCCAGGUGGCAGCAAGAGCACAAUAAAGAAGAUCAACAAGGACAAGUCCAUGGGGCAGAGGUGGGAUCACUUUGUCACCGCGCCAAAGACCAAGAAAUUCAAAAUCCCCACAGUUCGCACAGCCAGCCGCAAACCCAGCCGGCGGGGCUCCACUCUCAGUCUGACCCGGACCAGUGGGUGUUCUUCUCCCCAGAGCAGCAUGAUAUCUGUGAACCCUGGCUCUGAUGAACCCCCAAGUGUGGCCAGCAAAGACAUUGAAGACAAUGAGUCAUGGUCAACUAAGCAAGAUGAAGAAACUCUCCACGUCCACCUGCAAAAGCUCCUGGAGAUGGUCCGGGAAGACUCCCGAAGAACCAUCAUGCAGAUGACUGAGCUGCAGAAGAAAGUUCCCAGCAUCCUGAACGUAGUCAAGCAAACCAAGAGCGAUUCUGGCUGGAAGGACUGGCCAACCGCCUAUAAGUCCAGUGAGAGAUCCAGCACUACCAGUGGAGAAAGCCACAUCGUAGUGACGCAGAAGAAGUCAAAGGGCCGUGCUAACCGGGACAUCAUCCAAUGUAAGAGUGGCGUGUGUAGCAGUAUGCGGGCCAAGUUUUACAGCAUAGCCCAGGAGGCCGGCUUCUGCCUACAAGACAAGAUGGAAAUUCUCAUGAAGCGCCAAGAAGAGCGGGGUCUCCAGAAGUUCCGCUCUUUUGUUCUCGCCUCGAAUUUCCAAAAGGAUAUAUCAAAGAUGAGGCACCAGGUCCCGGUGAUGAAGGGGGACGCAGAAGAGAUUGCAGACCACUGGUACUUUGAUCUGUUAUCCAAACUCCCUGAGGAUCUGAAGAACUUCCGGCCUGCAAAGAAGGUCCUGACAAAACUGCAGAAGUUUGGAGAGAACCUAGACCUGAGGAUCCGGCCGCACGUCCUCCUGAAGGUGCUCCAAGACCUGCGCAUCUGGGAGCUGUGCUCUCCAGACCUUGCGGUGGCCAUCGAGUUUGUGCGCGAACACAUCAUCCAUAUGCCGCUAGAGGACUACAUCAGCUGGCUCCAGACCCGGGUUAACACGCCUCUCCGGCAUUACACUCUCCCCACAUAG